GGGUACCCAGAGAGGGGCGGGGCAGAGGGAGCCGCGGGAGCGGCACGCAGAGGCGGCGGCAUUAGCAGUACAGGCGUAUCAAGCGCCACCGCCGCUUCUGCUGGUGCGGCUGCUGCUGUCGCUGUCGCCGCCGCGCCUGCUCCUUGGACUAUGGUAGUGCCACUGUGAGGAGACUGCCGCACGCGCCUCUUGAGUGUUGCUGCUGAGGAGGAGGAGGAGGAGGAGAAACAAGGGCAAGGGAAUUGGGGCGGAGAGGGAGCGCAGGGAAGGCCGGGGCGCUCCCUGACUGCAGCACAGAGCCCAGCAGGCGCCUAGCCAUGAGCCGCACGUGUGGGAUCUAAAGCCUCCCUUGCUGCUGCUCCUGCUGCUCCUGCUGCUACUGGUGGAGGAGCAUGCUUUGUACCCAGCCCGGGUUUCUCCAGAAUCUGUACCAGAACAGGUUCCUAGGCCUGGCUGCCAUGGCGUCUCCAUCUAGGAACUCGCAGAAUCGGCGCCGGUGCAAAGAACCUCUGAGGUACAGCUACAACCCAGACCAGUUCCACAACAUGGAUAUUGGGAAUGGGCCCCAUGAGCCGGUCACUAUUCCACGCUCUACCAGUGACACGGACUUGGUCACCUCAGAUAGCCGGUCUACACUUAUGGUCAGCAGCUCCUAUUAUUCCAUAGGACAUUCGCAGGAUCUGGUGAUUUAUUGGGAUAUAAAGGAAGAGGUGGAUGCAGGGGACUGGAUUGGCAUGUAUCUCAUUGAUGAGGUCUUGUCUGAAAAUUUCCUGGAUUACAAAAAUCGCGGGGUGAAUGGCUCACACCGAGGUCAGAUUAUCUGGAAGAUUGAUGCUAGCUCUUACUUUGUAGAACCUGAAACAAAGAUCUGCUUCAAAUACUACCAUGGAGUGAGUGGGGCACUGCGAGCAACGACCCCCAGUGUGACUGUGAAGAACAAUGCAGCUCCUAUUUUUAAAAGCAUCACCAAUGAAGAUUCAGUCCAGGGGCAAGGAAGCAGAAGACUGAUCAGUUUCUCAUUGUCAGAUUUCCAAGCUUUUGGUCUCAAGAAAGGCAUGUUCUUCAAUCCAGACCCUUACCUAAAGAUUUCGAUCCAGCCUGGAAAACAUAGCAUCUUCCCAGCUCUUCCUCACCAUGGACAGGAGAAGAGGUCCAAGAUCAUGUGUAACACAGUCAAUCCUAUCUGGCAAGGGGAGCUGUUCAGCUUUGUUUCGCUGCCCACUGAUGUCCUGGAAAUAGAGGUGAAGGACAAGUUUGCAAAGAGUCGGCCAAUCAUUAAGCGAUUCUUGGGGAAGCUUUCCAUGCCUGUUCAGCGACUACUGGAGAAACAUGCCAUAGGGGACAGGGUUGUCAGCUACACUCUGGGACGCAGACUGCCAACAGACCAUGUUAGUGGCCAAUUGCAGUUUCGGUUUGAGAUAACUUCUUCAAUCCACCCAGCAGAUGAUGAAGAGGUUUCUCUUACAGCAGAUCCUGAGUCAGCUGAAUUCCAGGAAAGCCCCAUGAAUAUCUCAGCGGAGGAAAUCCUUGGUGAGCCUCCGUGCACCAGCACAGUGAGCUCAGAAAGUGCAGCUCCAGAGAAGCUAAAUGGAUGCCCGGUGAUCUGCAUCAAUGUUGAUAGUUCUGAUGCUGGGGAGCUCACACAGAACAGCUUCUUAAAAGAAGAGCUAGCAGAAAAUGGGGAGGUUGAUGUAGUGCCAGCAGACACGGUUGAUCCCUUGGAAUCCAUCCCAGGGGAAAUGAUGCCUUCCCUGAGUGCUAUGGACCUCACUGAGCAACUGGCUCUGCUGGCGUGCACACCUCCUGAAUCUGAAGUUAGGGAAAAUAAUAAAGUCAAUUCUGUUACUCAGGGAGACAAUGACAUCUUUACCAGCAUAGAAGCCUUAUCUAUUGAUGAGGUGAGUGGACAUACACAAACUAUCAAGGAUAUAGAGAAGAUUCAGGAAGAUGAAGGAGCUUCAGCCCAAGAGGAGGAGUUGGAGGAGGAGGAAGAGGAAGAGGAGGAAAACAAGCUCCAGCUAAGGACGAUGGUGAAAAGGAAGAACAGACCUUGCUCCUUACCUGUGUCUGAAAUUGAGACAGUAAUAGCAUCUGCCUGUGGGGAACCUGAGACUCCUCGUACCCACUACAUAAGGAUACACAAUCUCCUGCACAGUUUGCCUUCAGCCCAGAUGAGCAGUGAUGAUGGGGAAGGUGAGGAGGAACAGGGUAGUGUGGAGAAUGAUGAAGAACCAACAGUAAGGGAAGUAUCUGAAAAGGACAUGGUCAGCGAGACAGAAACAGUAUUGGCAGAACCUCCCCAGGAAACAAGAACAGAAGAGAACUUUGAUUGUGGGACUGUGCCACGCAGCACCUCCAUUGAGCAUCUUGCUGACUUAAAUGGACAACUACUGGAUGGCGAAGGGCCAAGAACUGAAAGCGAGAGUGAGCUGAGUCCCAGGCCUAAUGGUGACACUGAGUGUGAAAUGUGUGACACAUCCUGUUACAGCCCUUCCUGUUAUAGCACUUCCUGUUACAGCACCUCGUGUUACAGUACUUCCUGUUACAGCACUUCUGGUCAGGAAAGUACCAACCGGUUCUCAAGCCAUACCCGGUUCUCCUCUGUUGAAAGUGCAAGAAUUUCGGAGAGCACAGUUUUUUCUUCACAGGAUGACGAGGAAGAGGAGAACAGCGCUUUUGAGUCUGUGCCAGACUCUGUGCAAAGCCCCGAGCUUGACAGGGAGCAGGUGGACAGCUCCGCCCACUGGCCUGAGGAUUUGGUAGCUCAUGGAGUGAAUCUGCAAAGAACAGCAGAAAGCAUAGAAUCUCCAGUAGCAGGCCCAAGCAACAGAAGAGAAGGUGAUUGCCCUUUACUUCAUAAUUCCCAGCCAAUCAACCAGCUUCCUUCCCUGAGGCCUGACCACCAUCACUACCCAACCAUUGAUGAGCCUCUUCCACCAAACUGGGAAGCUCGGAUAGACAGCCACGGACGGGUAUUCUACGUUGACCAUGUGAAUCGAACCACGACUUGGCAGCGUCCUACGGCAGCAGCUACUCCAGAUGGAAUACGCAGAUCAGGCUCAAUCCAACAAAUGGAGCAACUCAAUCGGCGGUACCAAAAUAUUCAACGAACUAUUGCUACAGAGAGGACAGAGGAGGAAACUGUUGUCAGUAAUAGGGUGGAGAGGCUCCCUCCUGGAGGAGGCAGUGAUUCUGAGGCAGAUCCUUCUCAGCCAAAUUCAGAAAUUAGAAGAGAAGUGUCUGUUUCGCCUGUGAAUUCUCAAAAAAUCACUUUGUUGCUGCAAUCACCAGCUGUAAAGUUCAUCACCAAUCCUGAGUUCUUCACAGUGCUGCAUGCAAACUAUAGUGCCUAUCGAGUCUUUACCAACAGCACCUGCUUAAAGCAUAUGAUUCUGAAGAUACGCCGAGACGCUCGCAAUUUUGAGCGGUAUCAGCACAACAGGGACCUGGUAAAUUUCAUCAAUAUGUUUGCUGAUACACGACUGGAACUUCCACGAGGCUGGGAAAUCAAAACGGAUCAGCAAGGCAAGUCCUUCUUUGUUGACCACAACAGCCGUGCUACCACUUUCAUUGAUCCCAGGAUCCCACUUCAAAAUGGCCGCCUACCCAAUCAUUUGACUCACAGACAGCAUCUUCAGCGACUUCGUAGUUACAGUGCUGGAGAGGCAUCAGAGGUCUCUCGAAACAGAGGUGUUUCUCUGUUGACCAGACCAGGCAACAGCCUUGUAACAGCAAUUCGAAAUCAACACCAUCAUGAGUCUUUACCUUUGGCAUACAAUGACAAGAUAGUCGCAUUUCUACGCCAGCCCAACAUUUUUGAAAUGCUACAGGAGCGUCAGCCCAGUUUGGCAAGAAACCAUGCACUCAGGGAGAAGAUUCACUACAUUCGGACAGAGGGUGCACAUGGGCUUGAAAAGCUGUCAUGUGAUGCAGAUUUAGUAAUACUAUUGAGCCUUUUUGAAGAAGAUAUUAUGUCUUAUAUACCCCUUCAAGCAGCCUUUCAUCCUGGUUACAGCUUCUCCCCUCGCUGUUCACCCUGUUCAUCACCUCAGAAUUCUCCAGGUUUGCAGCGUGCCAGUGCAAGGGCACCCUCUCCUUACAGGAGAGAUUUUGAAGCCAAACUUCGCAAUUUUUACCGAAAACUAGAAGCCAAAGGAUAUGGCCAAGGUCCUGGUAAAAUUAAGUUAAUAAUACGGCGUGACCACUUGCUGGAAGGCACUUUUAAUCAGGUGAUGGCUUACUCACGGAAGGAGCUCCAAAGAAACAAACUCUACGUCACAUUUGUUGGAGAGGAAGGCUUAGACUACAGUGGUCCAUCUCGAGAGUUCUUCUUCCUUCUAUCUCAGGAGCUCUUCAAUCCAUACUAUGGCCUGUUUGAAUAUUCAGCCAAUGACACUUAUACUGUACAAAUCAGUCCCAUGUCAGCAUUUGUAGAAAACCACCUAGAAUGGUUCCGGUUCAGCGGUCGUAUCCUUGGCCUUGCUUUAAUUCAUCAGUAUCUUCUUGACGCUUUCUUUACAAGGCCAUUCUACAAAGCACUGCUAAGGCUGCCAUGUGAUCUAAGUGACUUGGAGUACCUCGAUGAGGAGUUCCAUCAAAGUUUACAAUGGAUGAAGGACAACAACAUCACUGAUAUCCUGGACCUCACUUUCACAGUUAAUGAAGAAGUGUUUGGGCAGGUGACAGAAAGGGAGUUGAAAUCUGGGGGUGCAAAUACACAGGUGACUGAAAAGAAUAAGAAGGAAUAUAUUGAAAGAAUGGUGAAGUGGCGAGUGGAAAGAGGUGUUGUCCAGCAAACAGAAGCACUAGUCCGCGGCUUCUAUGAAGUUGUAGACUCGAGGCUUGUCUCCGUUUUUGAUGCCAGGGAGCUUGAACUGGUUAUAGCUGGCACUGCAGAAAUAGACCUUAAUGACUGGCGCAACAACACAGAAUAUCGGGGUGGUUACCAUGAUGGACAUAUUGUGAUAAGGUGGUUCUGGGCAGCAGUAGAAAGGUUCAACAAUGAACAAAGGCUACGGUUGUUGCAGUUUGUCACUGGAACAUCUAGUGUGCCAUACGAGGGCUUUGCAGCCCUCCGGGGGAGCAAUGGGCUACGGCGCUUCUGUAUAGAGAAAUGGGGCAAAAUAACAUCCCUUCCAAGGGCACAUACAUGUUUCAAUCGCUUGGAUCUUCCACCCUACCCAUCAUAUUCUAUGUUAUAUGAAAAGCUGUUGACAGCUGUUGAAGAAACUAGCACCUUUGGACUUGAAUGAAGAAUUCAGGCUUUUCAGGUGUUUCCCUGGUCAGUGACAUCACCCCUGCUGCCAUAUGAUUUUGGUUUUCUGUGUUUUUAUUUCUGGGGGGGGAAUCAAGAUUGACAAAAGCUGUGCAUGAAGAACAGCCUUCCUUUAAGAACUAACCUUCAUGCUUUCAUCUUCGGUUUCCAAUGGACAACUAGCCUGUAUGCAAUAUAAACAAAAAACCAACUGUCUCAAGGUCUCUGUGUAUCUCCACAUACCUCCAUUAGUAACAAUGAAAAAUAUGAAUGCAAGUUAUGCUACACUUGACCAAAUGUUAAUAAAUGUUUACUUCUGCCUACGUUGAUUAAAAAACAAAAACCAUCAAGCAUUCCAAGCUUUUAUAUGCCCAUCUCUUCACAGUUAAACCCACAGUUCAUCUUGCGUCUUAACAGCUGUAUCCACUAAUGGGAGCUGGCCAAGUGUUACUUUCACUCAUCCUUUUCUUGUACAUAUCAUGCAUAGGUGAGAGACACCUAUGAGCAAAACUGGAUUUUUAUACGUGAACUCAUAAUCUAAAUCAACUACAUCAGCCGGAGCUGGGCCAGGCAUAUGGUGCAGAUAAGACAUUAAAAGCAAAACAAAACAAAUCUGUAAUGCAAUGCAGAGUGUGCCAGUGAUUGUUAACAACUGUUAAUUGUCAGUGCUAGAAAGAAUAUGUGCUUCAGAGCUAUUGAGGUACUGAAAGUAAUGUUCAUUGUAAUGACCUGCCCCUCAAGAAGCACAAGUGUGUGCACUCAAGAAAAAUGUCUUAUUAUGUAACAUAAUAGACAAUGCCACCUUACCUAAUUAUUGUAUAUAUCAAAAGUAGUAUGAAGAAUGUUUUCUCUGUUCUGAAUAUCUUCUGGUUCUGUUUACUGAUUCCUUGUUUUCUGAUAUUUAAUCAUUUCCUUACAGAAAAAAUAUAGACAAUCCCGCACCGUGUAUUGGGAGCCAUUGAUUAUUUAAGGUGUAUCAGUUGACUUAGAAUUGUGGUUUCGUUUCAUUUCUCAUUUAUCUCAAAUCCUCCAUGAUCACAGAUUUGGUCCUGCACAGAAGGAUUUAGCCAAAGUGCAGUUCCAUGUGAAGCUUCAGAGAAUGAUGGUGCUGAGGCACGAUGAAUUUGCUUUGGUAUGAUGGAUACAGAAAAGUGUUUCACCUCAUUUUGUAUUAUACAUCAUGGACUUUGCAUUAUUUCAUCAGAAAAACUCACCAUCCCCACUUCAUUCAAGUAUCAAUGAACAUUUUUGCUAAUGAGGACCAAAUCUGGAGUUCACAACCAGGUUGAUUGCUUUAUUUUCUGCAGGUCUCAUACCAACAAAAGUUUAGCAUUGCUCCAGUGUGAGACUAGUUGCAUAAUCCUAAACACAUGCAUUUUAAAAUCUUCCUUGUUAAGAUUUCACUUCUCCGCAAACCUGCUAGGCUCACAGUCCAAAAUGAUAAACAUGAGCACAGUUAUUUGGGCAAUAGAUUCUCCUGAAAUUGAUAAUACAGCAUCCCAGCACCCGCAUAUCUGCAGAGAUAGAGACCCCUCUUAGAGACCCAGUUUCUUUAUCCAUGGUACAAACAUAGGCUAAAAUUUGCCUAAUCAUGAUUGCUGAGUGGCCGGAAAUGACCUGGAAAUGAUUUCCAGUUUCACUUCCUACCAUUUCUUUUUCUUUUUCAAGUUUUUUGGAUGAUAUUAGCCAAAAAUUCAGCUGAUUUGGGGUUUUUUAAAGGCAUUUCUGAAGCCCUGGCGAGCAAAGUACUGUGCAUUUCCACUCUUAUUUCUCUACCCUUCCCACUUUUUUGGCUUUUGGUUGUUAGGAACCUAACUCCUAGAUUCCCAUAGGGGUAAGGUUUCUUUAUUAAUGGUUUCCAUACUCGCAGUUAUAGGUGAGAAUGGAACCCCUGUGAAUAAAGAGGGUCACCUGUAUUACUUUCCACAUUCAUGUGUGUCUGGUUGUUAGACAGAAGUUAAUCUAAGUUCAGUGAAUGGAGUUCCUUGAUAACAAACAUGGCUUUAGAAUUAUUUGAUUUUUUUUUCAAGUUAACUAUAUCCACCACGAAUUAUAUCUUAGGUCUACUGAAGUCAAUGGGACUGUUGCCAUUAGCUUCAACAAAGAUGGAAUGUCAUCAUCUCAGGAAGGGAUUCCCAGCAAAGAUCCAACUCUUUCAGUCAAACAUAUACCAACUUUCUAUUUUAAAUACGGUGCUUUUUACAAUUAUUCCUCUUGCUGUACCUCAGUGUUCAAAAAUUGACUGCAAUAUGCCACAAGUCUGGGAUAGUUUUUCCAAGUUAUCACAAGGUCCCAAAGGUUAUGUUGUUACUUUCUCCUUAGUAUGUCAUAGUUCCUUUGGUCUAGUCAACAAAUGCCUGUAGAUAGUAGAUACUAGGUAUAGUAGAUAUUGAAACCUUAGCUGAAUUCCCUGCAGCUUCCAAUUUACCUGAAACCAAGUGUCUAUUAUGGUCUCAUUAAAGACUCCAUACAAGUCAAUGGCAGGAAAGGUCCUCAUUAUUGGGCUGACUUUGCUUAUAUUGACAGGAAAAUGUCACAUGAUACUCAGGCUGUGCUUUUUAUUCAAUCAUAUCACUGUAAAGGAAUGUCAAUAAAAUCACUUUGUUAUGGCAUCA